ACGUAGUUUCCCUUCGCUCAACGAAGAGUGUGACGUGUGGUGCGUAUAACGCUGAGUUUCUUGACGUUUGUGUAGUUUUUAAUGUGAAUAAUGUGAUUGUGUAGUUCGUUAUGGCUUAUAAGUACCGUGAAGAUUUAGUUGGCAAACGAUUUCUCGCUGUGAGUGGUGUGACAAAAAUUAACGUGAAUAAAGUUUCUGAAUGGGGAUGGAAAGCUGGUAUUAUCAGAGCAGCAUCGCUCAAAGAUAACAAGAAUAAGGAGCUUCAGGUGUUAGUGGAAUAUGAUGGUGUAGAUUGGCAACGUCGCGAGUGGGUGGCUGUUUAUUCACGACGGACGUUUCGUGUUUUUUUAGUGGAAAGAACUCUUGUUUGGGCUCCUAGAACACACGAAGGAAAGGACGUGAAAUGGCCGGCUUUGACGUUCAUGCCGCUGGCAGCUGACCUGACGCUGCAGGCCGACGCCCAGCCGGUGGAAUUCCUUCAUGACAAACACCUGGAGUUCUUGGAUUAUGCCAAUCUACUUCCUUAUCAGGAAUGGGACCCAAAGCAAGCAGGAGCAGACGCUGGUCUUGAUACCACAUUGCUCUCCACCUUGUCUUCCGAGGCCGCAGACUGGCGAACCAUACAAGAUGGCCAGCGUAUCCUGACCACGACUCCUUCGGAGCUGACUGUAACAGAUGAUACAGUUUUGGAAGAGCACAGCGAAGACCCAUCGCUAGUGCAGAUGAGACUCCUGGGCGAUGGAGUAAUCGAAUCGAUCAUGAAAGGAGAAGUGGUGGGCGUAAUGCCACGAAGAUCCCGCUCCAACCUCCAAAGAGUUGAGCGCGAGACCACAAAAAGUCCAGCGACUACCGGUGGCAGGAAGAAGUCAUCGGCCGUGAGAAGCAACGGGCAAAUUGCACCCACAGAGCCACCUCCGCAACCUGCAGGUUAA